UCAUUUUAACUAACCUCCAAAUACGACUGCUGUGAGCGUAUUAUGUAAUAGUGCCCCUACCGGUGGCAAGUGUGCAUGCCGCCCAAUACUGGAAUGUCAAACUCGUUUCCCGACCGGAGCUACGUUUUGAAUCCUGGCCACGGUGGGUUCGGACUUUGACCUGCGAACACUGCGAGCGGUGAGAGUGCUGAGGCCCCUGAAACUCGUGUCAGGAAUCCCCAGUCUCCAGGUGGUAUUGAAGUCCAUAAUGAAAGCCAUGGUUCCUCUGCUUCAGAUCGGCCUGCUGCUUUUCUUCGCCAUUGUCAUGUUUGCCAUCAUCGGGGUGGAGUUUUACAUGGGCAAAUUCCACACCACCUGCUUCAAGACAGACACUGGUGAGAGAGCAGUGGACUGGCCCUGUGGUCUGGAGCCCCCAGCCAGGACGUGUCCCAACGGGACCCAGUGCAGAGAGUACUGGACCGGACCAAAUUUUGGUAUCACCAACUUUGACAACAUCCUGUUUGCAGUGCUUACUGUGUUCCAGUGCAUCACCAUGGAAGGCUGGGUGGAUAUCCUUUACAGCACCAAUGAUGUAGCAGGAAACACCUGGAACUGGCUCUACUUCAUCCCCCUCAUCAUCAUAGGCUCCUUCUUCAUGCUCAACCUGGUACUUGGUGUCCUAUCAGGAGAAUUUGCCAAAGAGAGAGAGCGUGUGGAGAAGAGGCAGGAGUUCCUGAAGCUUCGGAGGCAGCAGCAGAUCGAAAGAGAGCUAACCGGAUACUUGGAGUGGAUCUGCAAAGCAGAGGAGGUGUUGCUGGAGGAGGAGGAUGAGAUUGCAGAGGAGAAGUCCCCACUGGAUGGUGCGUGGUACAAGAGGAAACAAAACCUUCCAGUCCUGAAACGAGGCAAAGCCAAGAAAGGUAAAAAUGACCUGAUCGGUGCUGAGGAGGGGGAGGACCCUUUCGCAGACAUCUCCUCCGUUGCUCCUCCGGCUUCUCCGUUUGGUAGGGCCAGUGUGAAAAGCAGCAGUAAAUUGGACAGCUCCUCCUACUUCCGGCGUAAGGAGAAGAGGACCCGGUUCUUCAUUCGCCGCAUGGUGAAAGCUCAGAGCUUCUACUGGAUCGUUCUGUGUCUGGUGGGCCUCAAUACUCUGUGUGUGGCCAUAGUCCACUAUGACCAGCCUGAGUGGCUCACAAGGGCCCUCUGUAAGUCACACAUAAGAAUACACACUCACACCCCCACACACUUUUAA